UGCAAACUCAUGUGCACCACCUUUCAUUCAACGCAACAAAACCCACAUCCAUUCAUCUGCUUAAUUCUAUAUAAACCCUAAAUUCAGUCUCUCUACAUGUUCUCUACAAUUCAUCUCUCCCUCCACCUCUCCACAAGAGUGGGAGUGAGUAUGCAGGGGAUCAAUGGAGCGAGGAUGGAAAUGGAAGUCCAAUGUUGAUCAUCAAACAUCACCAAACUGUCCUCGUUGCUGUUCUUCAAACACUAAAUUCUGCUAUUACAACAACUACAGCUUAACUCAACCAAGGUACUUCUGUAAGGAUUGCAGAAGGUAUUGGACUAAAGGAGGGUCUUUACGGAACGUCCCGGUCGGCGGCGGUUGCCGGAAAAACAGAAGAGGAAAGUCUGCUGCUGCCUUACGACUAUCUACUUGCAGUGAGAACCCUAGGGUGCAUAAUUCAUAUGGAAAUUCCAUGGUUGAGUCUGUUAAUGCUGCUGCAUUGUCUGAUGGAUCCCACAUCGAUCUUGCUCUUGUUUACGCCAACUUCUUGAAUCAACCACAGCCGGAACCCAAGAGUUUGGACUCCACAAUCCAAAUUCCGGAUGGUAAUAUUGAUACUCAACUGGAUCAGCAGCACAGCAGAGUUCAAGAGUUUAUGAGUAAUGAGAGUGUGAGUAUUGAUCAUGGACUGCCACCGUUGCCGGGUGAAGAGUUGGUUGGGUCUGACCAAGAGAUUUUCUGGUCAAAUUCUCAAACAAUGGCAAGCCAUAGCUUACCUGCAACAGCACAAGAGCCGAUACUUGGAGCAGAAGGACAAGACUCAUAUCUGUUUUUUAGUAAUUGGAGUUCAUUUGACUUGUCUAGUGAUGAUACGUACUCCAGGAUAUGA